CGAGUUCUUCUGGAAGCGUCAGUUACGCGCGUUCUUCCUUGUGAAACACUCGCAAGCGAUGGAUCUUAAAGUUUCAUUUCUAUUUCUAUUUCUCAUAAUAGGAUUGAUCACCGAAAAUGGCGCAGCACUGAGAAUUUCUGGCGGUGGUGGAAGAUCUGGAGGUGGAGGAAGAUCUAGAGGAGGAUCUUCUAGAAGUGGUUCCUCUAGAGGUGGAUCUUCUGGAGGAAUAUGGGGAUCGAUUUUUUCUUCAUCGUCAUCGAAAUCAUCGUCAUCUUCUAUCACAAAACAAGUCGCAAAACCAUCACACUCGUCUCCAGUGAACAAACCACCGACUCAAAUUCGAACUAGUGGGUCAAGCAGUUCAGUUCAUCACUCGAAAACCGAGACAUCUAAUUUCUUGAAAGCCGAAUCUAGGAGUCCCGGAAAUCCAGCAACUCCACCGAAGAAUGUUGGAGUUGGAACGGACACUAAGCCAUAUGGAUCUCAUGUACCAUCUGCUCCACCAGCUCCUGGACACAUCGGUUUCGAGACGGACAAAAGACAACAAGCCUCACAAUUUGUACCUUCCGCUCCCCCAGCACCAGGUUCAUCGGUGUUCAAUCGAAACCAAGGAGUCGCACCAGUACACUCCGCUCCAGUUGGAGGGAUCAACCCAAACCCAAGUGGAUCCUAUGGUUUCCGGAACCCCAUACAUCCAAAUCAGCCAGGAAACCCACCAUACCCCAUCCAUAACCCCAUAACCGCUCAAACAAGCCAUGGAGUAAACAGUCCCAUGAACCCAAGUCAACCAGGUCUCCACCAAUCAGGAAACCCACCAUAUCCCAUCCAUAACCCCAUAACUGCUCAAACAAGCCAUGGAGUAAACAGUCCCAUGAACCCAAGUCAACCAGGUCUUCACCAGUCAGGAAACCCACCAUACCCCAUCCAUAACCCCAUAACCCCACAAACAAACCAUGGGGUGAACAGUCCCUAUCCACGUACAAGUUCUCAAGGAGAACCAUCAAGGAAUUACGGCUUCAGCGACCACGUUUUGCCAGGAGGAUCCGGCCAAUCCCCCCAUAUCCAGAGUGCAGUGAGCCACCCAUCCAUGGGAACCCCAUACCAUCCCUCAUAUGGAGGCAGCCAUCCAUCAUCGUACCCAAACACCAUGAACUCUCCUCACUAUCCUAGUCCAAUGUACCCAGGAGCCCAUCAGGGUGUUCAAGCUCCCCAGGGGUAUAGCUACCAUGGGUUCCAGGGAUCCUAUGGGUCCCCAGGAUCCUAUGGUCACAUGGGCCCCUCACCCAUGGCGCAGCCGGCUUUCCAGAGCGCUUAUGCUCCAGCUCCUGCAUACGCCCCCACACCAAAUGUUGUUCUCGUCUCCGGCCAGACCCAGCAAAGAGGCCUAGGGGAUGUUUUCAAGGAGGCCUUAAUUUAUUCCGGGGUUAACGCUGCCGUAAACAGGAUCGUGAACCCGCCACACCAUCAUUAUAGUUAUGAGUCUUCGAGGCCUUCGGUUCAGCCUAGUGAAACCUCCAGCUCCGUGUCCAGCACCUCCACCCACAUCACGUACAACAAUCAGUACUUUAACGGGUUACCUGGAGUUAAUGGGACUGUACCUGGUCAGGACAUGGGGCAACCUGGAGUUCCUGUGGGAGGUGCGCAACCUGGAGGUCCUAUUCAAGCGGUGCAGCCUGGAGGUCCUAGCGGAGUAGCGCAACCUGGAGGUCCUAUGCAAGCAGUGCAGCCUGGAGGUCCUAUUCAAGCAGCACAGCCUGAAGUUCCUGCUCAACCUGGGGUAGCAGGUCAAGCUGGAAUACAGCAGGGUGUUCCUGGUGUAGUGCCAGGUCAGGGUGGAGUGCAGCCCAACGUUCCUGGAGCAGGUCCAAGUCAAGCCAUCAACAGCAAUCCUGUGUCCUCGACCAUUGCGGCACCAAAUACUAGUUCUGGUGUUUCUCCUGCGGUUAAUUCGUAUCUUGGUCUGCAGUAUAGAAUCUCGAACGAGGAGUUGUGGAAGCUGACCGAGGGCCUCUUCCAGAAUGACGAGUAUAAUGCCAUGAAGUACAUCAGGUUGAAUUUGCAGAAGAAGGUGGAUGAAAAAAACGCCACCGAUGAGGCUAAUGAGAAAUUGUUUACGGUUGACACAGAAGCGUAUUCCAUUCCGACCGUACAAACAAUUCGGUCUUUGUAUGAGGAAUACAAAUUCGAAUCCCACAUAAAAGAGACCCUCUCUCCAGAGAGACGAAAGAAGGAAAAUUUGUUGCUCGACAUGUUUUUGGGUACAAAUGUUAUGCAGGACACAAUGAACUGGCUUUCGAACCAAAACUUCAUCGAGCCAGAUGACUUCGAAAGGAAAGACACUUUGAAGAGAAUCUGGUUCACCCAAUUCGAAGGAUCUUCUUCAGGCUUCGAGCGAACGUUUUUGUCAGAACUGUAUGACAAAAAGGAUAUCCUCGGAGUCCAGGAUUGGAUUUACUUCGAUUAUCUGGAGUCUUUGAAUCGUAUCAACUACAUGGGAUAUGUCGACAAGGUGGACCUCGGAACUAAAGCAUCGCUGGUGAAGUUGAACUUCCAAAUGGACAAUUUAAUCAGGCAAAAUGCAACGAUACUGGUGGGAACGUCACCGGAACUUGAAAUGUCUUUAUACACAAUUUGUGUCUAUGCAAGACCGAACGACUUGUGUUCUGUUUCUCUUGGCGGAGUGAAAUUUAAUAUGCUUACCCACGUCUUCAGAUACUUUGGAAAAGACCUCAUUGACUUGGCUAUACCAAUAUAUUAGGUAUAAUAAUUCAAUCGAAAGCAAUUUCUUAUAUGGGAGAAUCUAGAGCAUGUAUAUAUAGCUCUAUUAGCGAGAAGAAUAUAAUUUUUGAUAAAUUAUGAAUGAACUCGUUAAACAUGACGAGUGACUUCUUUGGCAUAGUCGACACUGUUUAAAAGAUUGACAAUAUAAUACAGUAUACAUAAAAGCAUAUAUAAUAUAAAUAAAAGCAUUGCAGCAGUUAUUAACUCCCAAGAAACUUUCCGAUAAAUCAUUAAAGAUUCUCUUAAAUAUAUUGUGUUAAUGGAGCGAGCGAACACAUUGUGGAUUUUGUGUUCCUGUUCAUUAUCAAAAUUAUUUACCUGCGUACAUCAAUUUGCACUUUAAACAAUUUUAGAUAUAUAAUAUAUGACCAUCGAGGAAACGACAGA